AUGGAAGAAGAGGAAGUUUUGAAUUUAGAAGCAGCAACAGAAAAGGAUCAGAAUAUUUUCCCAGACCCGAUAGAAAUCGUCUUGGGCCCAGAGGCGUCACUGAACAGUCCAGCUCGGGACAAGGAGCGUCUGCCUUCUAUCGUUGUGGAACCCACAGAAGUGAGCGAAGUGGAAAGUGGUGAGCUGCGCUGGCCUCCCGAGAACAUAGAAACAGAAGACGAUGAGGAGGACCUGUUCCUGGAGCAGUGCAUUCCCCCAGCCAACAUUGCUGACUGGGGAGAAGAUGAGGAAGAGGCGGAGACAUCAAUAAUACUGCAGCAGCAGCAUCCGGGCUUGACACUCCUUGACCUUCAGUCUGAUGCAUUUAGAGAUGACACCCCAACGCUUCCUCCCAACAGUGCCCCCACCUUCCACUAAGAACAUGGCCUCUGCUGACCCUGUGAGGAAACAUCUUGAGAUGAACUGUGGCAAUAACUGUUGGGAUGGAAAAACAAGCAAACAAAUAAAACAAAAACAAAACAGCUGCAGAGUAGCAAACAUGUUAUCACGGUAAUAGUUGUUAGGUAAAAAAAAUAAAUUAAUAAUAAAAAAUGCAACAUAAAACAACGAGGCAACCGGGACAUUUUGGGUCAGUGUCUUUGACUGGAAGGGUUUUGAUAUUUUUUGAUCAGGGAAGAUGAUCAUCAAAACACAAAUGGACAGAUUUGGGUUUUUUUAAAGUUUAUUUUAAGGCAACAUUUAGCUGAAAUUGAAGGUUGGUGUUGUUUUUCUUUUGGGAUGGUUCAUAUUCUCAAAAACGCUGAUGUUGCAACAUUCUUUUUCUUUUCUGCUACUUUUCCUUUCACAUAGUUUAGUUGAAAUAUUUAUGUGCUUAUUCCUCCAGUAGGUUGGAUGUAGUAAAGCUGCCUGCUGAUGGUUCAUAUAAAUUGGAACUGCACAGGACUUUGACAUGUGUUUUCCGUUACUUUCAGCAGCAAAAAACAAACAGUUCUUGAAGUAAGAUAAAUGUUUGAACAGAUUAAACCCCAAAAUGUUUUUGCUUUUGUGGGAAACCUAACUAUACAGACGUUAUUAUUUUAAAUUUAAACAAUAAAGUAUUUAUUCUCUUUAUAUGGGAAAGAUGACGGUUGCAGUAUAUUUAGUAUUUUAAAUAUUCCUUGUUUACUUGUACACACUCCAUUAACGUAAAAACAUAUGAACUUGAAGUUUCUCAUGUAAUGAGACCAAACAACUGAACUAAAAUUAAAUAUUAUAACAUGUUGUUUAUGUACUUCAAAUGUCGACAAAUUCUUUGAAUGCUGUAUCAUUUCAAUGUGUGAAAUUUUCCUCACAGGUUUAACAUUUUCUACGAAGUAUAAAUUUACAUAUUUGUUUCAAUGUUUUUUACAUAAGAGCAUCUUUGAAUGUCAGACGUGGAAAAAUGUUUCCCAUGUUGUUCUUCAUGUUACCACACAAUAUAAUUUUUGUGGAACACAUUGGAAAAUGUUCUUCAGUUCAAAUGUUUCCUCAAAUGUUACAAGACAACGUCAUUCCCAUAAGUUUACACAAUAAAAUUUUCAAGUGUUCGACAUGCAGGGCAACGUUUUCUCAAGUUCCCGUUUAAUACACAAUAUGAUUUUCAAAUCAGAAAAGUUUGCUGGAAAGCAAUUCAUGUGUAAAACACAAACAUUAGUGUGAUAUCAUGUGUACCUACUUUUCGAAAAUGUCUAUUUUGUUUGAAAAAAUAAAUGUUGCCACUGACCGAGUCAAUGAAACUUGUAG